AACUCCAGCUUUCGGUGAAUUGCAGAGGAACUGUAAGGGUGUCCUGCACAGGAUCAAGGCUUAGCAAACCUCCCUGGAAAUGCAGAUAAUAAAUAUGCUUUAGGGUCUCUCAGAGACAAUUGUAUAUAUUCACUGCAAAGGUUUUAUGCUUGUGGCAGAGACAGAUGGCUGUUCAGGCAGCCAUCAUGAACUCGCAGUUCUUAAACUUUUGUUUUCCUGGCUCGGUCAUGGAUUAUGAGGUGGAAAAGGGUCUGGAAGGGGGACUCCUGGGUGAGGUGGACUGUGAGGGUGACUUUAAGGAGACAACUAGAGACCUGCUUAGCUUUAUUGACUCAGCUUCCAGCAACAUCAAACUUGCACUGGACAAACCUGUCAAGUCAAAGAGGAAAGUCAACCACCGAAAGUACCUGCAGAAGCAGAUUAAGAGGUGCACAGGAAUCAUCUCACCAGGGAGCAUACCGGUUCAGGAGCAAUGCAAGAGACAAGGCUCGCCCCAUAACCCAACAAGCAACCUCUCCAGCAAAAUGCCUCCCAAGAAGGAUGGGAUGCAGGCCAACCUGCAAAGCAAGAGUUUGGCUGCCCUCUUCAACUCGGCAAAGGAUGUACGAGCAGAGAGAGCCAAGAAGCCCCCGCUGCGGCAUCGAAACCUUCCUCCAUCCUUCUUCAUGGAGCCGGCCAACAGCUCCAGAGUUACAUCUACUUCUGGCAUGUCGCUCAAAGACCUGGAGCGAGGGGCUCCGGAAGCAGCAGAGUUCUUGGAGCUUCUUGGACCUGAGUACAGCAACAUGGUCUCAGAGCAGGAUCUAUUCCACACCCUACCUAACAGGAUUCAACAGGAGGUGACUGUGGGGCCCGAGCCAUAUGACUCCCACCAUUUUGUAAGUGGUGGGUUCUUGUACACAGAGCCUUGGAGCACUUGUAGCAGCACCCCCAAAAAGUCAGGAGACUUGCGGACAGUACCUUUACAGCCAAAUCUUUAUACUCACACAGACCUUUCUGGCAGCAUGCCUGUGGAACAGAGCUCACCAUGUGCACUUACCUUUUCAAAUUUCUUUACAGACUGCAACGCAACUCCGGUCUCCUACGAUGUAGUGAACGGAUACAACAGAGGGAGCUUUUCAUCUCUUUAAGCCAGAGAUUUUCUGUUAUCUUGGGCAUUAUAUUGGAACAAAAACACGUAUGCAUCUUUCAGUAUGAUAUUGAUAAAGGACGCUACCAACAUGUAAUUGCCCUUUUAACCUUUUAAACAUUUUGACUCAAAAAAAAAAAAGAAUCUCUUUUAAACCAUUGCUUGAUGGGAUAACAUGCAUACAGUAGACACCUAUAUAAAAAAAAAAAAAUCUUAAGAAGACCUUUGCAUCUAA